UGUCAGGUUCCAGACUGCGAUUUAAACAAGUGUGUGUGUCUAGUGGUGGCGCUUGAAUGCUAUCAUAGUUCAAUGAAGAGAGAGGAGUGAAAAUCACUGAAAAUGAAUAUGAAAGUUAUGUGAUAUGUGAAGUUUAAACUUUUUUUUUGUUUCUGCUGUAUUACGCUUGGGAUAUAUAACCAUUGUGGUUUAUUAAUUCAUUCGGAAAACAUUGUGUUUUUAAAAGGAGAGUUUCCCCCUCCUGAAUAAAUAUUUUUCAGUAGUUAAAUGUCAGAAUAGAACAGGACUGACACAGAUUUCAUCAGUGUCUCUUUCACCACCACAAUGCCAACAAUUACUGCAACUAGGUAUACAGAUUAUAAAAAGAAAUUCAAUCGUCAAAUAAAAAACCAAAAGGGAUCAACUUCAUCAACAGACAGUUCUAGCGACCAUGGGAAGGUCUUCCUAGCGUUUGAUAAAACUGAAAGUUUGGAAAAUUUCAAGUUACCCCACCUUAAACCUUCUAGCACUUUUCCAGUAAAGCCACGCCAACAAAUUUCCGAGCGCAAGGAAUAUUGUGUGAAUCCAUUUCCCAAGCGAGGUUCUGGCCAUGGUAUAUAUCAGUUUGAAAAUAGAUAUUUCCGCUACGAAGGGGAGUGGAGAAACGGAGUAAAACACGGCCAUGGCAAGCUUCAGAUGGCAGAUGGCAGUUUCUAUGAGGGGACGUUUACUAAUGGUGAAAUCGAUGGCAGCGGGACGCGGUUUUUCUCACAGACCGGUAAUAAAUAUAUGGGUCAGUUCUCUAUGGGGGAGCUCCACGGGCGGGGAAUCAUGACAUAUAUAGACGGAUCCGUGUACGAAGGAGAGUGGUACAAGAACAGGAAGCAUGGUUAUGGUGUAAUGAGGACGAACAAAACGGAAGCUGAUGAAAUUUAUGAGGGCGGUUAUGAUGGCAACAUGAAACAUGGAGUUGGUGUCAUGAAGUAUGCAAAGAAGAUCCGCUCUGAUGGGUGCAGAAAUGGUGACCGUUAUGAAGGAAUGUGGGUCAACGAUGUCCGAGAUGGUCGGGGGAUACUGUACUGUAAUGAUGGGUCAGUGUAUGAGGGUGAUUUUAAAUCGGACUAUUUCAAUGGAAGAGGCAGAAUGCAUCACAUUUCCGGCCUUAUUUAUGAUGGUCUUUGGAUCAACGGCUAUCCAGAAAUCAUGGCAUCGAAACUAAAAAUCACAUUCAACAAUAAUUAUGAAAAAGACAAAAAAAAGAAACCACCAAAAGACAGUAACAAGGUGACGAUAUAUCAGGGCAUAGGAUUCGACGUGAGCGUGGAAUGUUAUAACGAGAGCGACCGACUUAUACAAGACCAAGGUCGAGAAGUGCGCCUGCUGGCCGGAUUUAAAUACUACCCCCCUGUAUCCAGGGGUGACCAAGAAGAUGCCUUGUUCGAUAUGAUUGAAGAUGAUGCUGAAGAACAACCGAUACAGACUCCAUUCGGGUACUCUGUUGUUCCUUACCCAAUCACAGACCAGAUCAACGUUAACAUUGACGACAUUCCAGAUGAUGAUGAACAGGACGACCCUGACAAAUCACCUGCUGAAAACAGCCAAGCUCCAGGAGCAGAAUCAGGAGACGAGGAUGUGGAGAAGCAGGAAAAUGAAAACAAGGAAAAUGAAAAGGAGGUGACGACUGAGGAAAAUCCCGAGGAGAAAGACGAGGAGGACAAGGGCAAUGAGAGUGAUAAUGAUGAGACUCCUGACCUAGAGAGCACAGUUCCCCAGUUUCCUCCCCUUACCUCUUUAAGAACAAAGGACGGCUUGUGUCAAUGGGAUGACCUCCAUUUGACCCCAGCCCCUCCUAAAUACAGACCGUUUGAACGAAUGGAAGCAGAGGAGAGAUCCAAACUACAGUCAAAGAGUAGAUCGAGAUCAAAAGAGCUUUUUACACCAUCAAUGUCUAGGCAGCCCAGCAUCUUUGAUAAAUUCCGAGCGAAAAAACAGAAAGCAUUGGAGGAGAAGUUUGCCAAACUUGGUGAAUAUGUAUUAAUAGUCGAGGACGUCACCAAUCCUCCGUUUAUGGGGCGACGGUUAGAACCAGAUUUUCUACUGAUGAAACUGAAACAACCUCCUAAAGAAUUCAAGAGAGAGAGCAAAAAGUCCCGAAAAUAGAUUGGGUGGGACACGUCUGCACAUAUCAAGGGCUCCAUGAGGGCGAAGGAGGACGAACUGCUGGUCAAGAAACACUUUAAAGUUUAACAAUGCUUCCCCAGUAGACAUCAUCUGCCUUAAUGACACCUCCCCAGGGACUUGUGAUGACUGCCUUAAUGACACCUCCCCUGUGGCUUGUGAUUACUGCCUUGCCAUCUUAAGCAUUGUCUCAUGAAAGAAAUCUUUAUUUUUCUAGAUUUACUUUUCUGUAUUGUGUACUGAACAUGCGACGUUUCUGAUGAGCCUGCUGAAAAUAUUUUACAUUUGGUUGCAUAAUUCAUGUACUCAACAUGACGUGUGAUGUCAUUUUGAGAGGCUUAUAUUUAUGAGUAUUUUUUGGUUGUUGAAUAUUUUACAUUUUUAUAUGAAUGUCUUUCAUUUCCGAGAUUACACUAGUUCAUCUAGUGUAGUAGGUUACUAUGUUGAAACAAUUACCCGUAAAAAUACCUUUAUACAGUGAAACAUGCUUACAAUGAAUAUGCUAUAACGAAUUUACGCUUGUUGCGAAAUGAUAUUUAUUCCCCUAUAAGAGAAAAUAGCAAAUAUCGUAUUGGAUAUAAUAAAGUUUGUUUAAAACAAACUGCGUUUUGCUGGACCGGAGGGUUCGCUAUAAUCAUGUUUUACUAUAUGGUGAAGUUUGGUUAUAAUGAACUGGUUUUGCUGGCCCUGAAGGUUCGCUGUAACUGUUUUAUUGUACAAUGAAGUUGGGUUAUAAUGAAAUGCUCUUAGCUGGCCCUGGAGGUUCACUAUAACCAUUUUAUACUGUACAAUGAAGUUUGGUAAUAAUGACCUGUGUUUGCUGGCCCUGGAGGUUUGCUAUAACCAUGUUUUACUGUAUAACAUAGUUUGGUAGUUUGGUUAUGAUGAACCUAGCUGGCCCUGGAGGUUCACUGUAACCAUGUUAUACUGUAUAAUGAAGUUUGGUUAUAAUGAAGUGUUUAUCGUUGGCCCUAGAGGUUUGCUGUAACUGGGUUUUACUGUAUAACAUUUUUGCUGGACCUGGGGGUUUGCUAUAAUCAUGUUUUACUGUAUAAUGAAGUUUGUUCAUAGCGAACCGUUUUUCACUGGCCCUGAAGGUUUGCUAUAACCAUAUCAUACUGUAACCUAUUUUAUCAUUUUUAAAUGCUCCAUUUCACAAAUAAUGUGUAUGUAAUUAAAGCAGUUAUUUUUCAGAUUUGUAUGUACAUGUAUAAUUGCAAUAUCGACUGGGUAAGCUGAUUUAUUGGUGAUUUUCAAUGUAUCCUAUUUUGAAAAACUGAAUUUUAAUUUGUACCUCACCUAAGUCAAAGAUUCUGAAAGGAUUUAUACCAUGAUUUUUUAUGUAAUAAAAUCAGAAGGAGUAACCUUAAUAAAGCACGUUUCUGCUGUUA